AUGAAUAAUCCAUAUAUAGAUGUCUCUGUGUUGAAAGUGGCUCCACGGGUUAUUUCGCAGCGUGUGGAAUGCCAGCGAAAGACACAUAUUGUGGAGAAGACUUUCGGACUCGUAGCGCAAACACUCCCUCUACUUAAUACUACCAUGUCCUGUGAAGUGUGCGCAGUCUCACCUCAUUCUUUGCAAACAGCUGAGAAGGAACCAAUGGAUCUCUUAACAGAGGAUAGGCGUAGAAUAUCAAGCAUCACUGUAGAGACCAUUGCGGGAAGUACAGUGGAUGUUCCAGUCUUUUCUACCACUACAUCCCUCUUAACAACAGAUAACAGUGGUGAUAAGGAAAAUGGAGAGAAAGUAUUUGUUGAUAUUUCCUCUAUUUGUUCACAGGAUAAUGCACUUCUGCGUGAUGUGGAAACUGGAGAAGUUCUCGUUCCACAGCCACAGACAUUUCGCUAUCAUGUACACGGUGUUCAUACAGAUAACAGUCGUCGUAUUGCUCGUAAACGGAAAAGAAGAAUUGUGGUACUUCACAAACUGGGCGGUCGAUAUCAGGUGGUUGCUGUGGUAUUGAAGAAAGCCACUGUAAAGGUAAGUAAACCGGAAGAGUGA